AUGAUAGGACUUUUAACAACCCAUUUACUCGACGACGUUAUCAACCAAAACAAUAACAACAAUAGAAAUACUAAAAAAUGGGCACCAGUAGCUAAAGAUUUUGUAGCAGGAUCUGUAGGUGGAAUGUCAUCUAUUUUUACUGGACAUCCCUUUGAUACGAUAAAAGUGAUGCUUCAACAAGAAUCGACUGGAAAUACACCAAAGUUUAAAAAUGGUUAUCAAGCACUUAGAUAUGUCAUUCAGAUUGAUGGUAUCAGAGGUGUAUAUAAAGGUUUGAGUGUUCCAUUGGCAAGUGUCAGUGUUAUCAAUUCAAUCUUUUUUGCAACCAACAACUAUUGUCAGAGACUAUUCCAUCAAGAUCCAAAUACUUUAAUACCCUAUCACAAAGUUGCAAUGGCUGGUGGUAUUGCUGGAGGUGUAAUAUCAUUCUUUAUCACUCCUCGUGACCUUAUCAAAUCUAAAUUACAAGUACAAAAUAGAAACAUGAACUUGAUGGCAACUGUCACUACUGCCUCAACAACAUCAACAACUGCAACUUCAAAUGUAGCUUCACAAACACAACAACAACACAUUAAUAAUCAACAUCAACAUCAACAUCAACACCAACAUCAACAAAGGAUCAUAUAUAAUGGACCAAUUGAUUGUAUAAAAUCUAUUGUAAAAGAGGAUGGUUGGAAAGGUCUAUUCAAAGGUAUUAGAAUAACGUUUGUUCGUGAUUUUUUGGGCGAUAUGGUUUAUUUUUGUACCUAUGAGGCAUUAAAAAGAAAUUUGAUUACUUUUUCCGAUCGUUUCACAUCAUCAUCAUCACCAACAGGAACGCCUGGUGGUGACAAACCAAGCACUGCUGCCGAAAAUACCAUAAAGAUAAAGAGUGUUGCAACAAACCUACCACCAUGGGUCGCCAUUUGUGCUGGUGGAUGCGCUGGUAUGAGUUUUUGGUUCUCUAUCUAUCCAUUGGAUGUUAUAAAGACAAGAAUUCAAACUCAACCAAAUAAUAGUCCACUUAAAUAUGGUGGUAUUAUUGAUUGUGCCAAAAUGAUUUAUAAACAAGAGGGCUUAUCUGCCUUUUACCGAGGAUUCACUGCUACUCUUUUCAGAGCAUUCCCAACAUCUGCCAUUAACUUUUUAAUGUACGAAACCACCCGUAAACUUUUAAACUCAAAGACUCUAGUUGAUGAUUAUACAUCAUCCUUAGAGGCCACCUAA